GUGGUUUUCAAGGCCAUUCUUCUGAACGUUGUUAUCAGCUUAUUGGUUAUCCAUCUAACUGGAAAGGUCCUAAGGGUCAAAGAUAUGCACCUGGUUUCAAACCUCCCUCUACCAAUGCUAACAAACCAUCUCAAGCACACUUGGCAUCUGCUGCCCCAACUGAUACUACUGAUGUUCAUGAAUUUGACUUUUGCAAUCCUGAGCUAUACAAUCAAUUCCUUCAGUUCAUGAAGAAUCAACAAUCUGUGCCCAGCUCUUCUCAUGCUGCUAUGGCUAUAUCUCAAACUACUGAUCAUGAUAAAUCCUCAUCUCUUACUGACAACUCUUUCAAAGGACCAAAAUACACAGAAAAUCAUUGGUUAUGCUGAAAUCACAAAUGGACUCUAUCACUUGCAUCUUCCUACUCAUACUGCUUCUGCUCAUUCUGUCACUACUGCUUCAAAUAAUAAUUCUGUUCUAUGGCAUUAUAGACUAGGUCAUACUCCUUUUAAUAAACUGAGUUCUUUUCCUAUUUCUGUUGAAAAUAUUUCUUGUAAUAAUAUCACUCCUUG